AUGACAUAUGACAAUAUUGUACGUUUUUGGCGCAUGCCGACGCAGCAAUAUGUUCCAGUGCGACCAGUGGUCCGAGGUGCGAUCACUCAAAACAGUCAGAUUAAACCGGUAUCAAGUACUUUCCUUUCAUUGCGUUCUGGUCAGAUCGUUGAGCUCGACACGAGCUCACACCUGGUCAUGUGGAAAAAUCAACGUAUUCGAACUCGAGUCUGCUAUUUUGUGUUAUAA